CCCUUUCUCUUUCUUCCCACCCAAACCCUUCAUCUUUUCUCUCUCUACAAUCACUCUUUUUUCAACUUUUCAAUGGAGGAAACAACCAAGAAGCGAGUUCGUCACGAGUUUGCUGCCGACUCGUCCGACUCGCCCGAGUCUAAGAUUCCCCGAGUUGACUCGUCCGAGUCCUCGGUACUCCACUCCGAUGUGCAGCUUCAGCACGACAUUUUUAACAUGCUUGACGAUGCUGACAAUGUGCCCGACCGUGACACGGUGCAGGGUCUCGACUCGGUCAUCAAAAGCUUCGAGGAUGAAAUCAAGGCUCCGACUUUGGACCCGAAUGACCCGACCCAGGUGCCUGAUUCAGGCGAGCUGCAGACCAAGCUGGGGUAUUUACUCGAAGCUUCCGACGAUGAGCUGGGGUUGCCACCGACCGAGGCUGCUGUUGAGGAAGAACCGGGUCGGGUUGACCCGGCAUUGCUUGAGCUUGCCGGGUUCAAUGGGUUUGAGGAUUAUGUUCCGGGUUUUGACGCGUUUGGGUUCGGUUCUGGAUUCGCGGCGGAGAGUGACGGUGGUGUUGGGAGUUUCGUGACCGUGGAUGGGUUGUUCGAUUAUGCGGAUUCGGCUGCGGAUGUUUUGUGGCGGUCGGAGUCGUUACAAGCUAUGUAAGUGAUGGCGGUAACAGCGGUGACGGUGGGUGAAGUUUUGUGGUGGGGUUAGUAAAACGGUGCUUAGGGGUGGAAAUGUAAAUCUAGGAAAAUUUGGGGGUAUGAAGAGAAAAAAAAUAGUAGCACAGAAAUGUAGGUGUAGAUGUGAAAAGUUGUAGGGUUAAGAUUUGUUUGUUGCUUCGGUUUUUUCGAUGAAUUCAAUUGAAACAAACUGGACUCUUUGACGA